CCCACCUUACCCUAUUACGAAUUUGGGAAGAGUAUUAAAAGGCAAGCAUUUUGCACAUCAAUCAGUCUUUUCCAAUUUGCAGGAGUCACGUCACAUCACAAUGGGACCGAAAAAGGAUGAGAAGGGACAAGACAAGAAGAAAAGGUCUUCUGCUGCCGCUGCUGCCUCUCCUGAUGAUGAUGAGCAACAAGAAGACACUCAAGAACAACCUGCCAAGAAAGUGAAGGGACGAUCCAAGAAGAGGUCAUUGUCUGCUACCGGGGAGACACCCCCUCCUCCAGCCCUCAUGCGUCACCAAUCCACUUGGACACAGAGCCCCAACCUGGUCAUGAUGAUGCUGUGGCCUCAGCAUCACCAGACCUUGGGAGCAGCAGCCCAGUGCCAACGCCAGGCCACAGGACCCCAGGCUGCCCAGACCACUGCCAGUGCCGGGGAUCUUCAGAUCUGUCUCCAGCCUUAGGGAAUGGAGGGCGGAGGGCUGCAGUGGCGGUGGCGGCUAUAGUAAUGUGUCAGCAGUAUUUUUUUUUCUGCCUCUAGGUGUGGUAGUCUUUCUUGGUGGUGGGUCCCGUCGGUCAGCCCCAGCCCUCUAUAGUGCAGGGAAGUGUUUAUAUUGGUGCCACCUUGCCUGGCUCACCUUUGAUCCUCUUUUAGAGAGAGAAUCUAGAGUCUGGGUUGACAGGCGUCCACCAGGACAGCAUGUGGGUAGUGUUGGGCCACUCGGCGGUGACUGAAAAAUACUGUCUGUGGUGGCGGGCGGGACCCAAACCCCCAUCCUGCACUGGUAGUCACUUUUUGUGUCAAUUAUUUAUUAUUAUUAUUAUUAUUAUUAUUAUUAUUAUUAUUAUUAUUAUUAUUAUCAUUAUUAUCUUUUUUAUGUCCUAGCCUAUAGCAGCGGCAGGCUUUGGUGAGUGGCCUGGUGGUGGGCCCGCGGUGU